GGAGGAAUGGCGGCCCCUCGGAGUUUCUUCAUCUCUCUCUCCGGUUUAUUCCUGGUUUUUUAUCUGUCUUGUGGAUCUACGACCUCGGCCAGCAAGAGAGCAAACCAGGAGCGAUGCGGUUAUAAGGUGCAGUCUGGUGCAGAUGGAGGUCGCAGGUUGGCCGUCACCUUCAGAGCUGACAAUUGUUCGUUAAACUACCCGUUGGGGAAACAUGUGAUCCACGAGGUCGCCAACGUCUCCUUCAGCCACCUAGCCUGCGAGGAUCAGGCCGCCGUGGUCGUCCACUGGUCUGCAAGUCCACUAGGAAUCGAACACAUUAAAGGUUUCAGAGUUUAUCUGGAGGACAAGAACCCAGAGGGGAAACAGUGUCAACAUCUCAUCCUCAAAGACCCUCGACAGCUCAACUUCUCCUACAGGAACACGAAGCUGAGCAGUCAGCCUUUCAGCGGUUUGACCUUUGACACCGACUACAUGGUUCGUGUCGUUCCUUUCCCGACUCUGAUGAACGAGAGCUUCUUCCCUCCGUCCUUCCUGCGGACCAACUCGUGUGAAGUCCUCCUGGGAUCAGACAACCUGGUCUGCAAACCAUUCUGGAAGCCAAAGACCCUGAACGUGUCUCAGUUGGGAUCGAACCUCCACGUGACCUUCGACCAGGCGCCGGCCUCCUUUGGCUUCCACUUCUACUACCUGUACUACAAACUGCGGCAGGACGGACCCUUCAGACAGCAGCGCUGCAAACCGGACGCGAACCAGCCCAGAACUACGUGCAUCCUCCAGGACGUCACUCCAGGGACCUACACCAUAGAGCUGAGAGACGACAGUAACACGACGAGGAGGCAGAGUCAGUACCACGUCAGCCAGGUUCACUCCCCCUGGGCGGGGCCUAUCCGUGCCAUGGCCAUCACGGUGCCUCUGGUCAUCAUGUCUGCCUUCGCCACUCUCUUCACCGUCAUGUGUCGCAAGAAACAACAAGAAAACAUCUACAGCCAGCUGGACGAGGAGAGCAGUGAGUCGUCCAAUCACAGUGCAGCAUUGAACACGGAGCGUCCGUGGCCCCGCCCCAAAGUCUUCAUCUGUUACUCCAACAGAGACUGUCCCAAACACACCAGCGUCAUCCAGAGCUUCGCCUACUUCCUGCAGGACUUCUGCAGCUGCGAGGUUGUGUUGGACCUGUGGGAACACCUGGAGAUGUGCAAAGAGGGUCAGAUGUCAUGGCUCAGCAGACAGCUGGACGAAGCCAACUUCAUCAUCACCGUCUGUUCUAAAGGCCUACGCUACUACGUGGAGAAGAAGAGUCGCCGAGGGAAGACGCCAGUCAGCCGCCGCAAUAACAGCAGCAGCAGCGGCGGCGGCGGCGGCUCUCCGAUUGGUGGAUCAGGCGGUGACCUCUUCAUUGUGGGCGUGGCCAUGAUCGCUGAGAAGCUGCGUCUGGCGAAGCAAAGUGAGGGGGGCGGAGCUCAGGAGCUGAACCGAUACAUGACGGUUUAUUUCGACUAUUCCACAGAAAACGACAUCCCCACCAUGUUGAGUCUGGCUCCCAGGUUCAAGUUGAUGGAUCAGCUGCCUCAGCUCUUCAGUCGGCUUCACUCCACUCAGUCCAGUUUGGCAGACCGAGAGUCGCAGCCUCUCAACGUCUCCAGGAGGAACUACUUCAGGAGCAGAUCCGGACGCUCGCUCUACGUUUCCAUCUGCAACAUGCACCAGCACAUCAGCCAGAACCCCGACUGGUUCGAGAAGCAGCUGGCUCCUUCAGGAGGUUCCUCCACCUCCUCCUCGAAACACUCUCCUCUCCCUACUGUCCCGGGUCCACCUCCUCCUCCAAAGCCCGGCUGCGCGUCCUCCUCGUCUCAGCCCGAGCAGAGGUUUGACUCCGGCUUGGUGCUGAAUGAGGUGGUGGUGAAUACGCCGUCCCUGGAGGGCGGGGAGGCAGCGCCGAGGAGGAACAUGCUCCUGCUGGCUCCUGGAUCCAGCCCCAGUCUUAACCAAGGCCUCAGCCACAGUCCUAGUCCAAGUCCAGGUCCCUGUCCCAGUCCUGGUCUAUGUCCUAGUCCUGGUCUUUGUCCCAGUCCAGGUCUGCCACACUGCUCUCUGUCCAUGCUGGGAUCCACUUCAAGGUCCACUUCUGGAAUAUCUGGACUGUUACCUGAAGAGUCUUCCUCCUCCUCCUCCUCUGCUCCCUCCAUCCUCCAGGAUGGGGUGUGUCCUCUCCACAUCCAGGCAGAAGAAGGCCGUCAGUCCCCUCCAGAGGUCCCGCCCCCUCGUGAUUCGGGCAUCUAUGAUUCGUCUGUCCCUUCCUCGGAGCUCUCCAUUCCCCUCAUGGAGGGACUGUCACAUGACCAGGCUGACUCCUCCUCGCUGGCAGAGAGCGAGUCAUCGUCCUCCGGGCUGGGCGACGAGGAGCCGCCUGCUGUCACGUCGCUCCGCUGCAGCGCUGCCACAGUUUGUAAAGCUGAGCUGCACCACCAUCACCACCUGGAGCACGGCGACAGACUCACACCUGUGGCCCCCGUGGCAUUGUAGGGGACACCCUCUGUUGACUCAAAGACAACCAGCCCAGUGAUGUCAUCACAGGGCCAAAAUGUCUUGGUCAUGGACGUGAAUCCUCCCUUAAAGUGCUGUCAUCCCAUUGCCAUGGAAAUGAAACUGGAAUUAACUUAAAGGCACUGCAGUGGUUCAACUAUGGAAAGUGCUCUAGAGCACCGGUCCUGAGUAACUAUGGUAACCACUGAAUUAGCGAACACUAGUAAGUGUGGGUGCCACUGAGUUCUGGAACACUAGUUGCUGGUGACUAUGGAAACCACUGAGUUCUAGAACACUUCUCCCUGGUGGUCAUGGUAACUACUGUGUCUAAUACACCAGCCCUCGGUAACGGCGGUAACCACUGAGUUCUAGAAACAUACUUUCUCGUAUGUAUGUUAACCGUUGCAUUUCUAAAUAUAGUUCUUGGUAAAUGUGUCCUAGAACUCAAGUCCUUGAUAACUACAGUUACGGCUGAGUUCUUGAAGACUACUCCCUGGUAGUCGUGGUAACAGUCAUGUCUAGUUAAUCCUCGGUAACUACAGUAAACACUGAGUUCUAAAGGAUUGAUAAACAUAAUAACUAUGGUAACUGAGUUCUAGAAUACUAGGCCUUGGUAACAAUGGUUACCACUGCAUCUAGAACACUACUUUCUAGUAACUAUGGUAACCACUGCAUCUAGAACACUACUCUCUAGUAACUAUGGUAAUCAUUGAGUUCUAGAACACUUCUUUCUAAUAGCUAUGGUGACCACUGAAUUCUAUAACGCUACUUUCUGGUGACUAUGGUAACCACUGAGCUCUAGAACACUUCUUUCUAGUAGCUAUGGUGACCGCUGCAUGUAGAACACUCAUCCCCUAGUAACUAAGGUACUUUGUUCGCCUCGCUGGUUGCCCUUUCUGGAUGAGUUUUGAAGGACUGGAUCUCCAGAAGCUGGCAGGAUGGACCAGUCCAAACCAACGACUGCCUCAGCACUGCGUCUUGAUUGAUUUUUGAUUGACAGCUGACUCAUGUACGAGCUGAUGUUCAGGCACUUUUUGAUGCAGAAAAGCAGGACGACACGUACAGAUCAACGAC